CAAAUCCUAUGGCCUACGGGGGCCGCCGUGGCUCAGAAUAACUUAAUCCCUCCCAUUCCUCGCCGCGCCAUUGGUUGGAGGGGAGCGAAUGACGUCAUCAGCCCGCGCUCCUUCUUUUCGCUUUCUCUCAGUUUCCGCUGCUCGCGAGUCUCCAGCAGCUCCGCGCGGUGAGACCCUGGAGGGAAGGGGGUCGGUAACGUUUACCCAGUAGCUGUUCCUCACGGAAGGGAGAGGUUUAUAGUUGCCGCGAUGGACUGGCGCCCAGAUGAGGAAGGACUGCAGCAAGUGUUGCAGCUGCUAAAGGAUUCUCAGUCCCCAGACACUGGAAUCCAGAGGAUAGUGCAGGAUAAACUCAAGCAGCUGAACCAGUACCCAGACUUCAAUAAUUACCUCAUCUUUGUGCUGACGCGGCUCAAGUCUGAAGAUGAGCCAACACGGUCCCUUAGUGGGCUGAUCCUGAAGAAUAAUGUGAAAGCGCAUUAUCAGACCCUCCCACAGACCGUAUCUGACUUUAUAAAGCGGGAAUGCCUGAACAGCAUAGGAGACUCUUCCUCCCUCAUCAGGGCCACAAUUGGUAUCCUUAUCACCACCAUUGCUUCCAAGGGCGAGCUGCAAACGUGGCCGGAGCUUCUACCCCAGCUGUGUGACUUGCUCAAUUCUGAGGAUUACAACACGUGCGAGGGUGCCUUCGGGGCUCUGCAAAAAAUCUGUGAGGAUUCCUCCGAACUCCUAGAUAGUGAUGCAUUAAACAGGCCGCUCAAUAUCAUGAUCCCCAAGUUCUUGCAGUUCUUUAAGCAUUGCAGUCCCAAGAUCAGGUCCCAUGCCAUUGCCUGCGUGAAUCAGUUCAUCACAGACCGGGCACAGGCUCUCAUGGAUAACAUAGACACUUUCAUUGAGCAAUUGUUUGCCCUGGCGGUGGAUGAGGACCCUGAGGUUCGGAAGAAUGUGUGUAGGGCGUUGGUUAUGUUGUUAGAGGUGCGGAUAGAUCGACUGCUCCCGCACAUGCACAGCAUAAUACAGUACAUGCUGCAGAGAACGCAAGAUAACGACGAGAAUGUUGCAUUAGAGGCCUGUGAGUUUUGGCUAACAUUAGCUGACCAGCCCAUCUGUAAGGAAGCCCUGUCCAACCACUUGGUGCAAUUAAUUCCAAUUCUGGUGAAUGGGAUGAAAUAUAAUGAAAUUGACAUCAUUCUGCUUAAGGGUGAUGUGGAGGAAGACGAGACCAUCCCAGACAGCGAGCAGGACAUCAAGCCACGGUUCCACAAGUCUCGCACGGUGACGCUGCAACAUGAAGAGCAGCGAGUACAAGGGGAAGAUGAUGCAGAUGAUGAGGAUGAUGAUGAUGACGAUGACGACACUCUGUCUGACUGGAAUCUGAGGAAAUGUUCAGCUGCUGCUCUGGACAUCCUCGCCAAUGUGUUUCGGGAGGAACUGCUUCCUCAUCUACUUCCCCUUCUGAAAGAACUCCUCUUCCACCCUGAGUGGGUCAUAAAGGAGUCCGGGAUCCUGGUGCUCGGUGCCAUCGCUGAAGGCUGUAUGCAGGGCAUGGUCCCUUACCUGCCUGAGCUCAUCCCGCACCUCAUCCAGUGCUUGUCAGAUAAGAAGGCUCUAGUCCGUUCAAUCGCCUGUUGGACGCUGAGUCGCUAUGCUCACUGGGUGGUCAGUCAGCCUCCGGACCUCUACCUGAAGCCAUUAAUGACAGAGCUCCUGAAACGUAUUCUAGACAGCAACAAGCGGGUACAGGAGGCUGCCUGCAGUGCAUUUGCUACACUGGAAGAAGAGGCGUGUACAGAACUUGUUCCUUAUUUAAGCUUUAUAUUAGAUACACUGGUGUUUGCCUUUGGAAAAUACCAGCACAAGAACCUGCUGAUUCUCUACGAUGCUAUCGGGACCCUGGCCGACUCUGUGGGGCACCAUCUUAACCAGCCGGAGUACAUUCAAAAACUGAUGCCCCCUUUGAUCCAGAAAUGGAAUGAGCUAAAGGAUGAAGACAAAGACCUAUUCCCUCUACUAGAAUGUUUAUCCUCCAUAGCUACCGCACUGCAAAGUGGCUUCCUACCCUACUGUGAACCCGUAUACCAGCGCUGUGUCACACUAGUCCAGAAAACACUCGCCCAGGCAAUGAUGUACAGCCAACACCCUGACCAAUAUGAAGCUCCUGAUAAAGAUUUCAUGAUCGUUGCCUUGGAUCUGCUGAGUGGUCUCGCAGAAGGUCUAGGUAGUCACGUCGAGCAGUUAGUAGCCAGGAGUAACAUCAUGACCUUGUUGUUUCAGUGCAUGCAGGACAUUAUGCCUGAAGUCCGGCAAAGUUCAUUUGCUCUGCUGGGUGAUCUAACAAAGGCCUGCUUCCUGCAUGUGAAGCCAUGUAUCUCGGAGUUUAUGCCUAUUCUGGGCACCAACUUAAAUCCGGAGUUUAUCUCCGUGUGCAAUAAUGCAACAUGGGCCAUUGGAGAGAUCUGCAUGCAGAUGGGAUCUGAGAUGCAACCGUAUGUCCCCAUGGUCUUAAAAAACCUUGUGGAGAUCAUUAACCGGCCCAAUACCCCAAAGACCCUUCUGGAAAACACAGCCAUAACCAUUGGGCGCCUGGGCUGUGUAUGUCCCCAGGAAGUGGCUCCUAUGCUGCAACAGUUUAUCAGGCCUUGGUGCACAUCACUUCGCAAUAUCCGUGACAACGAGGAGAAAGACUCUGCCUUUAGGGGCAUCUGUAUAAUGAUUGGUGUGAAUCCUGGAGGAGUUGUACAGGAUUUUAUUUUCUUUUGUGAUGCUGUGGCGUCAUGGAUGAGUCCAAAGGAUGAUCUGAGGGACAUGUUCUAUAAGAUUUUGCACGGUUUUAAAGAGCAGGUAGGGGAAGAGAAUUGGAAUCAGUUCUCUGAGCAAUUCCCGCCUCUACUGAAGGAGCGUUUAUCUGCAUUCUAUGGUGUGUAAAAGGGAUGGUUAGAAAACACACACCCAGCGUAGGAGGUUCCUGAUUGGUCCAUGCGGUCAUCGGGGAGACAGAUGUCCUACGCCCCCUCAUCCGGUCUUUAGAAGGGUUUUAGGGAACAGUGUCCAAGGCUAGAAUUACACCCCCUCGUCGCCAAUCCCCACAAACUUUAUUGCAGGGAGGAGUUGCUGGAUAGUGAAAACUACACAACACAACGGUUCACUCCCACCACACAUCCAAUGCAGAUUGUGUAGUAAAUUUUGUUUUCUAUUGUUCAUCAGUGGGGAUGGGCUUAAAGUUGAAAGUCUAUUGAUAUGGGGAGGAGGUUGGGAAUAAGAGAAGAAGCCGGGUACACAGCGGGAUGUGGGAAGGGUCAGAAGCGGGUGGGGGGGAGGUAGCGCAUAGGGAGGGAGGAGGGAAGUAAAUUGACUCCUGUGCUAUUUUAGAACCGGCACAGGUUGAGACAGCCAUAUCUCUUACAGAUAAGGUUAAAAUCAUGGUAGGGAGGGGCUACUCAGUGUGCAAAUAGAGGGAGGAAGGAAACACGCAGAGUGUUGUUGAAUCCAUGUAGUAAUUGGGCAUGUCUUAUUGUUAAACAGAACCCCAAGUCUUAUAUCAGUGCUCCGUCCCAUUUGGCAGGGUGGGAGGCCACUCUUGUUGGAGUUGAUUUUAAACUGCUGCUAGGCUUAUUUGCCCAAGCAAUUUGGGUUCCACCAUUCAUACCAAGAGCGUGAAAAACCUCUACUUGCCGCCUACAUCAUGGAUGGCUCCUAGUCACCGGCAUGUGAAGUGCAGCAGAGACCCAGGUUGCCAUCCGACCAUGUUUUAUCCAAGAAACGUUGCAUUUCAGCAUCUCCGGCAUAUCUGCCCUCUCCUCGCUCUUACUGCGCUGGAAUCUCCAUGUCGCAAGCAGAGGGCGCUGCUUUGUUUUUAAUGGAAAUCAAUUUCAGAAAUGGUCUUCUUUAAACCCGUGGGACGGAAGAAAAGAGGAUUCGUUAUUCCAGCAGACUCCUAGUAAAUGUGAUUGUUCCUAGUGAGCUGAGACUUCCGCAUUGCAGGUUCCUGGCUCAAGAGGAUCUUUACUACACAACGUGGCUGCCACUGACACCAAGCAAUGAACUUGGGAGACAAGCAUUGACGGGGUCCAAAAUGGCUGAGGUGUUGUUACUAGAGAUUAGCUGGCAUUGUGCUGGCAGGGAAGUGGUGAACCCAAACAGAUGAGGACAGGUAUUGGGGGGUGGGUGACCUUAUAAUAAUACCUACAUUAAAGGCCAGAAGCAAGGGUGGUCUUAAUGAUGAGCUGGGGUGGAACACCUCCCCUUUAAUAUCACCCUUCCUCCCUCCCCUGUUUUCUAGGGCGCACCACUAGGCUCCGGUUCAAUUCUGGGUCUGUAUAUUGGUAUUUGUGAUGUAAUGUUUCCUAUGGUAAAACUGCAGUGUAUUUAGUGUAAAGCCAUCUUGCUUGCACCUUUGCUCAGAUGAGAAUUAUAUUCUCAUUUUAUGUAUAUUUUUUUUUUUUUCCGUUAACUAAAAAUGCAGGUUUUUUUUUUUUUUUGUGACUCUAAAACCAAUGUCGUGUUUUAUUGUACAAUGCAGUAUGGAACACCUACCCCCACCAAGGGAGAUGUUUGUCUCUGUCGAGGAAAAGUAAAAAAAAAAAAUAUUGAAGGAGGAUUUUA